AGUGACCUUCGCGUUGCUGUUGCUAAUGCUAAUGGAUCCGGAACGGUGACUCGGAAGAUGGCCGGGGUGUUCGAGGUAGAGGUUGACGGUGUGGAGCACGACCACCAUGGUGAAGCGAUCCAGGUCGACGUGGCCCAGCUGUCACCGGAGGAGAAGUGGCAGGUGGAGCAUGCGAAGAUGCAUGCCAAGCACAAAGGCCACGAGGCCAUGCACGCAGAGAUGGUGCUCAUCCUCAUCGUCACCCUGGUGGUUGCUCAGCUCGUCCUGGUGCAGUGGAAGCAGAGACAUUCAAAGUCAUACAAUCUGGUGACUCUCUUCCAGAUGUGGGUAGUUCCUCUCUACUUUACUACCAAACUGCACUGGUGGAGGUUCCUGACCACCUGGUUUAUCUUCUCUGUCAUCACAGCCUGCGUCUCCUACCGGGCCACCCGCAAGCCCCUGGCCUGCACCACACCCAGGCUGGUGUACAAGUGGUUCCUCCUCCUGUACAAGAUCAGCUACGCCACCGGCAUCGUCGGCUACAGCGUCGUCAUGUUUACACUGUUCGGCAUCAAUCUAAUAUUCAGAAUAAAACCUGAAGACUCCAUGGACUUUGGCGUCUCGCUGCUGUUCUACGGCCUGUACUACGGCGUCCUGGGCCGAGACUUUGCCGAGAUGUGCGCGGACUUCAUGGCGUCGACUGUUGGUUACUACAGUGCCUCCGGCUUGCCGGCCAAACACCUGUCUGACGACAUCUGCGCCGUCUGCGGUCAGCCCAUCCUGGUGGACGUGAGCGAAGAGGGCAUCAUCGAGAACACCUACCGGCUCACCUGCAACCAUGUGUUCCACGAGUUCUGCAUCCGCGGCUGGUGCAUCGUGGGUAAGAAGCAGAUGUGUCCGUACUGCAAAGAGAAGGUGGACCUGAAGAGGAUGUUCAGCAAUCCCUGGGAGCGGCCCCAUGUCAUGUACGGGCAGCUGCUGGACUGGCUGCGCUACCUGGUGGCCUGGCAGCCCGUCAUCAUCGGCUUCGUCCAGGGCAUCAACUACGUCCUGGGCCUGGAGUGACGGCACGGACACGGACUCAAAACGCCACGCAGUUGUUUGUUUGUUUUUUUUGGGUUUGUAAAUAUCCACGGACACGUAUCUGUUCACGGUUUGAUGGACUUUUCUUAGUAAAAUUUUUGUGUUUCGUGUCCAUUUUGUUGGUGCAACUGCCCGAAAAGAAGUGAAGGAUUGUUCCCGGGAAUCCUUUCAGGUACUUUUUACCAAGUCAUGUCUUAAGUGUUUUAUUAGUGGCUGCAGUCAAACACGAUGAAAUAAAGUCAUUUCUC